CGACUUUAAGUCCGUCCUAUGGUUAUACAUAUUUUUCUUCUAUGAAUGGGUUUUGCUGUAAAUUAUAGCUUUGCUCGUGGUCCCUUGGGUCAAAAGAAAUAGUCCCUAAACAGAAAACAGCUCUGAUUGGUGAGUUGCCUUCUUCCCUCCCCAACCCCCUUCCUAAUUGAAAGCAAAUGUGCAAUAUAUUGGAUGCUGGGCUCCCUGGCGCGGGCCCAGGAAUCCUCAGAAUGUGAGGUUUCUCUCAAAGGCAUCUUGCAUCAGCCUGUGGAUGUAUGCCUACCACGGGGCUCCUUCACCGGCAAAGUGGAGAAAGAAGCGCUUCACAGCCUCCUUUUGGAUUGUGGGAGCAUACUGGAUUAUAACUGUUUUCUUCCUUUCAAAACUGAGCGCCCCUGGAUGGAUACUCCAGGACCAACUCCAUCUUCUGAGAUGAUCCCGAUGCCCAGAAUGCCCCUGGUGCUGCUCCUGCUCUUGCUCAUCCUGGGUUCUGCAAAAGCUCAGGUUAAUCCAGCCAUAUGUCGCUAUCCUCUGGGUAUGUCAGGAGGCCACAUUCCAGAUGAGGACAUCACAGCUUCAAGUCAGUGGUCAGACUCCACGGCUGCCAAAUAUGGGAGGCUCGACUCCGAAGAAGGAGACGGAGCCUGGUGCCCUAAGGUUCCAGUGCAACCCGAUGACCUGAAGGAGUUUCUGCAGAUUGACUUACGCACCCUACACUUUAUCACUCUGGUGGGGACCCAGGGGCGUCAUGCAGGGGGCCAUGGCAUUGAAUUUGCACCCAUGUACAAGAUCAACUACAGUCGGGAUGGCACGCGCUGGAUCUCUUGGCGUAACCGGCACGGGAAGCAGGUGCUAGAUGGGAACAGUAACCCUUAUGAUGUUUUCCUGAAGGACUUGGAGCCACCCAUUGUAGCCAGAUUUGUUCGCCUUAUCCCAGUCACUGACCACUCCAUGAGUGUGUGCAUGAGGGUUGAGCUUUAUGGUUGUGUCUGGCUAGAUGGCUUGGUAUCUUACAAUGCUCCAGCUGGGCAGCAGUUUGUACUCCCUGGAGGCUCCAUCAUUUACCUGAAUGACUCUGUCUAUGAUGGAGCUGUUGGGUACAGCAUGACCGAAGGGUUGGGCCAGUUGACUGACGGCGUAUCUGGCCUGGAUGAUUUUACUCAGACCCAUGAAUACCACGUGUGGCCCGGCUAUGACUAUGUGGGUUGGCGGAAUGAGAGUGCUACCAAUGGCUACAUCGAGAUUAUGUUUGAAUUUGACCGAAUCAGGAAUUUUACUACCAUGAAGGUACACUGCAACAACAUGUUUGCUAAGGGUGUGAAGAUCUUUAAGGAGGUCCAGUGCUACUUCCGCUCUGAAGCCAGUGAGUGGGAGCCCACUGCUGUCUCAUUUCCCCUCGUGCUGGAUGACGUGAACCCCAGUGCUCGGUUUGUCACAGUGCCACUCCACCACCGAAUGGCCAGUGCCAUCAAAUGCCAAUACCAUUUUGCUGACACAUGGAUGAUGUUCAGCGAGAUCACUUUCCAAUCAGAUGCUGCAAUGUAUAACAACUCUGGAGCCCUGCCCACCUCUCCUAUGGCACCCACAACCUAUGAUCCCAUGCUUAAAGUUGAUGACAGCAACACCCGGAUCCUGAUUGGAUGCUUGGUGGCCAUCAUCUUCAUCCUGCUUGCUAUCAUAGUCAUCAUCCUGUGGAGACAGUUCUGGCAGAAGAUGCUAGAAAAGGCUUCACGGAGGAUGCUGGAUGAUGAAAUGACGGUCAGCCUUUCCCUGCCCAGCGAGUCCAGCAUGUUCAAUAACAACCGCUCCUCAUCACCAAGUGAGCAGGAGUCCAACUCUACUUAUGAUCGCAUCUUUCCCCUUCGCCCUGACUACCAGGAGCCAUCCAGACUGAUCCGGAAGCUCCCAGAAUUUACUCCGGGGGAGGAGGAGUCAGGCUGCAGUGGGGUUGUGAAACCAGCCCAGCCCAACGGACCUGAGGGUGUGCCCCACUAUGCAGAAGCCGACAUAGUGAACCUCCAGGGAGUGACAGGUGGCAACACCUACUCUGUGCCUGCUGUCACCAUGGACCUGCUCUCGGGAAAAGAUGUGGCUGUGGAAGAGUUCCCCAGGAAACUGCUGACCUUCAAGGAGAAGUUGGGAGAAGGCCAGUUUGGGGAGGUUCAUCUCUGUGAGGUGGAGGGAAUGGAGAAAUUCAAAGACAAAGAUUUUGCCCUCGAUGUCAGUGCCAACCAGCCUGUCCUGGUGGCUGUGAAAAUGCUCCGAGCAGAUGCCAACAAGAACGCCAGGAAUGAUUUUCUUAAGGAGAUAAAGAUCAUGUCUCGGCUCAAGGACCCAAACAUCAUCCGUCUCCUGGCUGUGUGCAUCACUGACGAUCCACUGUGCAUGAUCACGGAGUACAUGGAAAAUGGGGAUCUCAAUCAGUUCCUGUCCCGCCACGAGCCUCUUAGCUCUUGCUCCAGCAACGCCACAGUCAGUUACGCCAACCUGAAAUUUAUGGCUACCCAGAUUGCCUCUGGUAUGAAGUACCUUUCCUCUCUUAACUUUGUCCACCGAGACCUGGCUACACGAAACUGCUUAGUGGGCAAGAAUUACACCAUCAAGAUAGCUGAUUUUGGAAUGAGCAGAAACCUGUACAGUGGGGACUACUACCGGAUCCAGGGCCGGGCGGUGCUCCCUAUCCGCUGGAUGUCCUGGGAAAGCAUCUUGCUGGGCAAAUUCACCACAGCAAGUGACGUGUGGGCCUUCGGGGUGACUCUGUGGGAGACUUUCACCUUUUGCCAGGAGCAGCCUUAUUCCCAGCUGUCGGAUGAGCAGGUUAUUGAGAAUACUGGAGAGUUCUUCCGAGACCAAGGGAGGCAGAUUUAUCUCCCUCAACCAGCCAUUUGCCCUGACUCUGUGUAUAAGCUGAUGCUCAGUUGCUGGAGAAGAGAAACCAAGCACAGACCAUCAUUCCAAGAAAUACACCUUCUGCUUCUUCAACAAGGGGACGAGUGAUGCCGUCAAUGCCUGCCUAUGUUCCUGUGGCCCAGGUCCUCCCCACAAGACUUACCGCUCACCCACGUCUAAGCCACUCCAUUGGGAUAUUUAAUGGACCUGAGAGACAGAGAAUUAUUCACUCUGCCCUCUUACUAUCUCUUGCCUCUUCCACUACACUUUCCUACUCUCUACCACUGACUCAUAUAUACUUUUUUUUUACAUGAAAUAACUAAAAAAGAAAAAAUAUAGAGCAGACAAAAUUUAGUAAAAGAAAUAUUACUUGAUAUACCAAAGUGUUAGUAAUGAAGACUAGAAACUCAGAUAAUUUAUAAAGGUUAUGCUUAUGUUUAUAAAUGUGCAGGUUCUACAAUAUUUUUCCAUGUCACUUUCUGUAAAAAUACCUUAAGUAAGAAAAACUUGAAGAAUAUGAAUGUCUUGGAAACCAUGAGAUUAGAGAUUAGGGUAAAAGAAAAUACUUGGUAGUCAUGGGGAAUUGCAAGACUUGGCAUUCCACAACUAACGAUGGUUUUCUGACUUGAACAUGAACCGCUCUCAGAUCUCUCUCUCUCUCUCUCUCUCUCUCUCUCUCUCUCUCUCUCCUGUCAAAGUGAGUGACAUAUACUUUAAAAGCUCUACCUUGUUUCUUAGAAUGAAUGUUUUCUUCAUUCAUGGGCAGAGACCAGGGUAGACCUAUGUAACAGGGUAUAUGGGUAGGAAAGUGUCUGCUGUAAGGUUUGAUGGAGUGUAUACACAGGCAUGAUAGGUUGCACAGGUUUCUCAGUAGACAGAGGUUAAAAAAAAGGGAGGUCCAUGGAGGAUGAGUAGCAGGGGUGCUCUCUGUAGUUCAUGUGUGAGGGUCUUCUCUGUCUUGCUUUUUCAUUUCCACCUGUGUGCUUUACUGAGAACUUGACUUUAAUCAGUAAAG